GGUGGAGAGGAGGCAGGGGAUGACUGCUGUCCUGCUCACUUCUCCUCUGAGCUCAAAGGAGCGUGAAGGGAGAGGGACUGUGAGGAGUCUGUGGAGCUGCCCUGUGCACGGAUCUGUCUCGUCAAACAAUAUUUGGAAAACGAACGCGCAAACGUCAUGUUAAACCAUGCGGACUUGGAGCCCGGAGCCAAAAGUGAAUUUAUCUCUAUCAAAGAAAAACAUUUUUGUGAGUUGUAGUUACAAGUCGUCUGAAGCCUGCUAUGGAGGACCCCCUGAAUCAAAAUGAGUCUGAGCAUUGACAAUGUCACACGGUUUUGGAAAAACGGUUCUUCGGAACUCGAUGGGACUGCGGUCGCCUCAUCCCAGGUCAACUUCACCAACAGCUCCAGCGGGAACCACACGGAGUCUAGCGAGCUGGAUCUCACCCGAGCCAUCCCUCUGGGCUUGGUGCUGGGCGCCUUCAUCGUGUUUGCCAUCGCAGGGAACAUCCUCGUCAUCCUCUCGGUCGUGUGUAACAGGCACCUGCGGACCCCGACGAACUACUUCAUCAUCAACCUGGCCAUCGCUGACCUGCUGCUGGGCACCACGGUGCUGCCGGUGUCCGCCACUCUGGAGAUCCUAGACUACUGGGUGUUCGGCAGGAUCUUCUGUGACAUCUGGGCGGCGGUGGAUGUGCUGUGCUGCACCGCGUCCAUCAUGAGCCUGUGCGUAAUAUCCAUCGACCGGUACAUUGGAGUGAGCCACCCACUGCAGUACCCGGGCAUCGUGACGGAGAAGCGGGCUCUGCUGGCCAUGCUCGGCGUGUGGGUGCUCUCCGUGGUCAUUUCCAUCGGGCCUCUGUUCGGGUGGAAACAGCCGCCGUCGCCGGACGACACGGUGUGCCCUAUCACCGAGGAGCCGUUUUACGCGCUCUUCUCAUCCCUCGGCUCCUUUUACAUCCCCCUAGUCGUCAUUCUCGCCAUGUACUGCCGAGUGUACAUAGUCGCCAAACGAACCACAAAAAAUCUGGAGGCAGGUGUGAUGCGCGAGAGGAUGAACUCCGGCGAGCUGACCCUCAGGAUCCACAAGGGAUCACAAGUGCAGGAGGAGACCUGCGCUUCAAGCACCGGCAAGGGCCGCGCGCACCAGUCGAGAAGUUCCCUCACAGUGAAACUUCUGAAGUUCUCCCGGGAGAAGAAAGCAGCUAAAACUUUGGGAGUGGUUGUCGGCAUGUUUACGCUCUGUUGGCUGCCCUUCUUUCUCGCCUUACCCAUAGGCUCUUUUAAUGUGAACCUGCGCCCACCUGACUCCCUCUUCAAAGUGAUCUUCUGGCUGGGCUACUUCAACAGCUGCUUGAACCCCAUCAUCUACCCGUGCUACAAUCGUGAGUUCAAGCUGGCCUUCAUUCGCAUCCUCAAGUGCCAGUGUCACCAGCGUAAACGUCCUGGCUGGAGAGCCUACAAUUACCGCUCCUCCAACUUCAGCUCCUCUGGAAACUCGCGCAAAGGCUCUACGGAUCACAACUCUGGCUGCUUCAAUGGCAGCCAGCGUACUCUGUCCUCCGCCAGUCCGAGCCCCAGCUACCUGACCAAGGGUCUCCCACCUUGUCCAGAGGGGGACACUUUGUACAUCUGGGGAGCAACUACCCCAACUCCCUCCACACCCAAUAUGCUGCCCGGCAGCCCUGUAGACUAUGAGCAGAGAGCACUGAGAGGCGAGGUAAGGGGGAGUAAAGCAGCCGUGGAGAAUACUGGUGGUGUUUUUUCUUUCUCCUUUGGGAAGAACAGAGACAAGAGAGGAGGCAAACAGGACAGCUACGUGCCUGAAGACAAGGUGUGACCGCUGAGCCUCAGUGAGUAGUGACAUGCUCAUUUCUUGUAGGGAUCAAAGUCACCAGAGAGAGUGAAUGUAGGAUUACACACAGAUUUGCAUCCAUCAUCCAUCCAUCUGUCUGUGGAUUUCAUUGUCGUUAGAGGUCAAUGUAAGGUGAAGUGUUGACUAUGCUGCUGUUGUUCUAGUUUAACCUAAUGUGUUCUUUUUAUUGGACAAAAAGGGUUUGAAUACAACAAAUCUAAACAACUACUGGGGCUGGAAAGACACCGGUGCAUGAAUUAUAAAUAAACAAACAUUGAUUGAUUUAACUUAUCCAUGUUCCCACACCCUGUAAAAAGACUGAACAUGAAAAAAAAACAAAAACAAAAAAAAACUUGUGUAAAAUACGUGAUAAGAGAAAUGAUCACCUUUCUGUUGCAGUCACUUGAUAUUUGUUAUGUUGUGGGAAUAAAGUAUAACCUGGUUUAUCCGCUAUGCGCACAAUCAUCCGAUAUGUUAUUUGUAUGUUUGAUGUUCAUAAAUGUCUGAAUAUUGAUAUUAGGAAUGUGACUGGUGAACGAAUAAACGUACAAACAUUGUUCAAACACU